AUGGCAACACCGAACAAUUCAUAUGAAUCUGAAUCUGGAAGACCAGAAGAUGAUUUUGAAAUAAUUGAAAAUUCAAAUGAAUCUUUGUGCAACGUAACAGCCGAAACAUAUUUGAGUCUUCCAGAGGAACUCUUAGAUUCUUCAAGUAUUUUAGAUAUAGAAAACGCAAUUGAAAGUUGUAAAAAUAUGAUUUUAUCAAUAACAGAAGAUUCAGAACAAAAAAAAUGGCUUGUAAGAAGAUUAAUAGAAUUAAGGAUAAGAAUGGAAAACAUGAAAGAAACUACGACUACGACUACUAAUAUCAAUUAUACAGAGUCUAACAAGGUUGUACUUGGUCAUCAUUUUUCUUUUCAAAGUUUUCCCAAAUCGACUCUUCAUUAUUACUGUGAUACAUGCAGCGGUGUCAUUUGGAACGUUUUACAUAAUUGGUAUUUAUGCUCAGAGUGUGAUUACAAAUGCCAUGUAAGGUGUUUAAAUUCCGUUUGUAGAGUAUGUGCACAUGUUAUAAUAACGGAAAAACCUUUAUAUAUUUUCGAUAUUUGUCCAGAAUCCGAUGAUGGUUUAGCAGAUCAAAAUUACAGAUGCGCUGAAUGUUUGUCUCAUAAAUUUUUUAGUAAUAACACAAUGGAGCCUAGAUUAUGCGACUACACUGGAAAAUAUUAUUGCACGACCUGUCAUUGGAAUUCGACAUCUGUGAUACCUGCCAGGGUAGUUCUUAAUUGGGAUUUUGAAGAAAGAGUUGUUUGUAGGGCAUCGAAACAAAUUUUAAAACUUAUGGCUAAAUUACCAAUACUUAAAUUAGAAAAACUUAAUCCCAUUUUGUUUGCUUGCGUCGAAGAAUUAGGAACCGUUAAAGAAUUGCGUCAACAACUGAUGCAAAUAAAAAAAUAUUUAACUUCUUGUAAAUUUGCACUAGAGGAACAGUUACUUUGGCAAACCAAUGAUAAACGUCACUUCAUGGAAAAUGAAGAAUUGUAUAGUUUACAAGAUUUGUUGGAUUUGAGAUCGGGAGAACUUAUCAAACACCUUAAUAAAAUAAAAGAUAGUUUUAUAAAACACAUAAAAGAAAAAUGUGAGGUUUGUAAAGGAAGAGGUUUUUUUUGCGAAUUAUGUAAUGACACGAAUAUAAUUUUUCCAUUCGAAGAAAAUGUGGUGUCAUGUCGUCAAUGUCAAACUACAUUUCAUUUUUCUUGCUAUUUUCAAAACAGUCAAAUUUGUACAAAGUGUAAUAGAAUUCAACAAAGAAUGCCUAAAACCGAUUUAGAUUUUUUAAGUUAG